CAAGCAUCCGAGCCGAUCAAUAUUGGGCCGAGCAACACAUUCAGGGCUUAAUUAUCAAAGCCCCUAUUGAGAACCGAAAACCCUAACCCACAUUCACACUCCUUUGGCAGCACAUAAAACCCUAGCGCCUCCUCACUCUCCAUUUCCAUCCGAGGGAAAGGGAGUAGAGAGAGAGAUCCGCAAAAAUGUCGAAACGAGGACGCGGAGGUUCCGCAGGGAACAAGUUCAGGAUGUCGUUGGGUCUGCCGGUGGCGGCGACGGUGAACUGCGCCGACAAUACCGGCGCGAAGAACCUCUACAUCAUUUCGGUGAAGGGGAUCAAGGGUCGUCUCAACAGGCUCCCAUCUGCUUGCGUCGGUGACAUGGUGAUGGCCACCGUGAAGAAGGGGAAGCCCGAUCUCCGUAAGAAGGUGAUGCCCGCCGUCAUUGUCCGCCAGCGCAAGCCGUGGCGCCGAAAGGAUGGAGUCUACAUGUACUUCGAAGACAAUGCUGGGGUCAUAGUGAAUCCUAAAGGUGAAAUGAAAGGUUCUGCUAUCACGGGUCCUAUUGGAAAGGAGUGUGCUGAUCUGUGGCCUAGGAUUGCUAGUGCCGCCAAUGCCAUUGUCUGAAGAUUGAAUCCGUUAGUUUCUUUACAUUUGUGCUUGGUUGCAUGAUCAAUGUUCGUUCUUGUUAAAGCUGAUACUGCCAGUUGGUAUUUUGUUAGAACUAAGGAUUUUUGCUGUUUGAAUUGUGUUACUCAAGUAUACUUUCAUGUUUGGAUGUUUAUUUCUAUAUUUAUGCGGCGUAUGUGAGAGCUGUUUAAUUUUCCUUUUUGAAUUGAAUUUAUGGAAAAAAGUGUUUGAUCUGAGGUUGAUCAAAACCCUCCAUUUUUCUCAACUUGUGACCUGCCCCUCCACUUUUGAAUCCAAAUUUAGAAAUUGAAUAUGAUGUGAAAGUUUGAAACACCAA